AUGAUAUUGAGUAUUUUCUUGUUGACGAUUGUUCCUGGACUAUGCCUAGCCAAUAUUGGGCAAUGGAUGCAAUUUAAGGACACCUAUGGAAAAAUAUAUGAUACAUUCUGGGAUGAACAGCAGAGAUAUGAAAUCUUCAAGGAAAACUUGAAGAAAAUAGAAGAGCACAAUGCCAAAUAUCACCAUGGACAAGAAACUCACCAUAUCGGAAUUACCCAGUUUGCCGAUAUUACACAUGAGGAAUUCAGAAAGAUUCUUGGUCGGCAGAGAAGAAGUAAACCAGCUGCAUCAGCUGCAAUACUCGAAACAACAUGGAUUGAAGCAACAACUAAAAAAAUACCCGAUGAAUGGGACUGGAGACACGAAGGAGCUGUAUUGGAUAUCAAAGAUCAAGCAAAUUGUGGGUCCUGCUGGGCUUUCAGUGCUACAGGUGCAAUGGAAGGUCAGAAUGCUAUCCAUCAUAAAAUAAGGAUUCCGCUAAGUGAACAGCAACUUCUGGACUGCUCCGGAGAAUAUGGCAACGGAGACUGCAUUGCUGGAGGCGACGAGAAAGCAUCUUUCGCUUAUGUCAAAGAUCAUGGGAUCGAAACAGAGGCUCAGUAUCCUUACACCGGAAACAAAACAAAAUGCAUGUUCGAUGAGAGCAAAACUCUCUUGAAUAUCAAAGGAUAUAAAGAAUUGCCAGGAAAUGAGGAAGCACUCAAACAAGCCAUAGCAUCUAUUGGACCAAUAUCAGUGGCUAUCGAUGCAGAUAACAUCCAGCUAUACGUUGGAGGAAUAUACACGACCAAGUGUAAAACAAUUGACAUAAACCACGCAGUACUAGCAGUCGGAUAUGGAUCGCAAUCAACUAAAAAUGGUACAAUCGAUUAUUGGAUAAUAAAAAAUUCUUGGGGUAAAACUUGGGGCGAACAAGGUUAUAUCAGAUUCCAAAGGAAUGCAGAUAAUUUAUGUGGCAUUGGAUUAGAGAGUUCUUAUCCAACUCUCAAGUAAUUUAUCACCUAUUGAAUCAUUAUUCCAUUCGUACAUAUCCAAAUUGAAAUGAAAAUUAUCAGAAGGAUAACAUGCUGCAAAAUCUAUAUUCUCAUUUAACCAAUUCAGUUUAUUCACACGAUGAAAACCUUGUAGUGAUGAAUAUUUAUAUUUCAAUUUCUAUUGAUGAAGCAAUAGCUGAAAAUAUUCCAUACCAGCCCAUACAGCAUGGACAUGGACAUCCGAUGGAUAUCAA